AUGACGAUCAUCGUACGGUCAGAGAAGUUCGAUAACUUGGUGCCCUCAGCGAAGAAGAUGAAGAAAUGGCAGGGUAGACAGUCAAGAGUCAGUAUGAACUGGACCAAAGAUAUUUCUGCCAAACUUGAGACCAAAGUUCAGAGCAAAAUCCACCUCGGUAGCAAGGAAAAAUCGAGUAUCAUGGCUACCAAGACCGUUGGCCGUUCAGCGACGACGAGCACAAGACCUAGAGUCCCGCCUCUACCUCCCUAUUCUCCCUUGGGAGGAUUGCAAGAGCUAUUUAAGGAGGUUGGAGGGACGCUUGGGCCUGAAAAGGGUCCAGAGGACGAAGCAGAGGAAGAAACCGAGCUUGUCUCACCGGUGACGUACACAUCUAGAUCGUGUGUCGGUACUAUGGGCGACAGCGUCGACGACAGACUAUGUGACGACGACAGCAUCUUCUGCCAGUCUCCGGCGACAGUGACCACCAUAGAAACUGGAUUCAGCAGCUGUAUGCAUAGUUUGCAUGGCGCAGCACAUGAACCUAUUUCGGGCGCAGCAACUCAUGCGCCAACAAUUUCCCCAUUGUUCUAUAGCAACUCCAAAAGAAAACAGACAAUAUACCUCACCCUCGAUAGCAGCAACCAUCCAACUCCCGACAUCAGAGUGCCAACAUCGGCAACCUGUUGCUCAGCAACAACAACUUGUACUUCAAUAUACCCCUGGUCCUCUGUCAGUUGCAUCGACGAAGAAACCCCGCGGAAUCUCUCUCCAAAAGGCGCCGUGAAUGGCCCCUUUUCACUUCUCGAUACGGUAGAUGCAGCGGCCUUUGAGGAUGGAUUUCGACCGACAAACCCCGUCUCUACAACGCUUAAAAGGAGAUUAACGGUACGCGAAUCGAAGAUGAAGGCCCUACCUCCUUAUCCACCGCUACCAGAGAAUGUGAACGCUCAAAAAACCGGACAGUCACUCAUAAAACGUUCCAAGGAGGCCACCCGUCCUAAACAUUCACCUAAAGCACUAAGUCUCCCCCAGAUACCACAAGAAACCGAUUUCGACAUGCUUGACAACACAUUCCAGAAACACCGUCGCAAUAUCUCGCUAUUCCCGUCCUUAGAGGAGGCUGCAGAGGACCUAGAGGCGCAUCUCCUAACUAUACCAUCGGCCAAGGAAACACAGCCACUCUCGCGAACUCGUUCACCAUCCCCGUUCCAUUUAGAAGGAGCCAUUACCGAGACUCAGAACCAAAAGGAGAUUUGUCCUGUGCUUCAGAGUGGAACGACUCCAAAAAUGGAUUCAGCACGCAGCAGCCUUGAUCGUCUUCGCGAGAGUAUAGCCUCGAAACAGAAGGUUCAGAUGUCUCAUACUAAGAGCCCGAAAAACGUACAACUAGGGCUAAAAAGCAAAUGGACUCGUCUAUCUACAUUCUCAAGGCGAGGAGCAGGGAAGCCCAAACCACAUCUCCAACUACCUCCCCACAAGCUACCACCAAUGCAAACAACGGAUUUUUCUAGUCCGGUAGAAAAAUUAGAUUUCGGGUUGAACGUCGAUUUGGGCCUUCCAGCAGGCUUUGCGGAGCUUGAUGGAGAGCCAUCACCGCGCGAAGAUAGCAUUGCUACAAAACCUACCAAGCGCAUGUCUCACCCACCGAAACCUUUAGCCGAGAGCAUUAUUCUCCGGAUUUUCGAAAGCGUGAGCUAUUUCGAUGACCUGUUCAAUUUGGCGACAACUAACCGAGCGUUUUACCGUGUUUUUAAACAACAUGAGCUGGCGUUGGUCCAGAAUACCUUGUCUCGUAUGUCUCUACCGGCAUGGGAGCUGCGCGAAAUGAGCCCGCCAUGGGAUGACGACGGUAUUGCUCGUCUCGGAGUUAGCGUGAAAGACGAGCCCAUCCCCGAAUAUACACCUCGCCUUUACCUCCAACACUACUCACGAGACCUAUACACCAUGGCCGCUCUAAAGUCUAUGAUCUUAGUACAUUGUGAGAGUUUCCUUCGAGUGGAAACCUCUCGUGCCUUGGCUGGUCUAGAUGAGCAACGCUCAGCAGAAAUGGACGAUGCGUUCUGGCGUGUCUGGACAUUCUGCAACCUUUUCGGAUGUGGGAAGGGAAGAGAGGGAGACAUUGAAGCCCAGGUUGAUUGGCUCAGAGGUGGUGUCCUUGCCGAGUCUGAUACUAAGCCAUCAGCCUCAAUCUUCAGUCCUAUGCCAUUUAUAAGCAAUCUCCUACUCGAUCCACCACAAGGCUUUGCUAAGGGGAACGGUGGAGGUUUAAGCUCUGAUCAGCUAUGCGACAUGUCCGAGAUUUGGACUUGUCUCGUCGCCUUGCUCGAUGCUUUCCAUGGCAAAUGCAAGGAAGCUCGCAAAUACGGCGUCUUCGACGAUAAAGGGGUAACUCCAGGUGAUGUCGCGCGGGAGGAAUCUUUACUAGAGGACUGGACUCAGUAUCUCCUAACCCUAGGGCCUUCUGCUGUUCUUACGCUCAUUAGUUUCGGCCCUUCUACUCCUGUAGAACAGAAAUUCGCCCGCGCCAAAUCACUUGGCUGGACUUGCUGGCAAGCUCCCACAAAGUCAGAGCACGAACCCAGCCGUCUAUUCUUCAAGGAAGCCGUUUCACGAGUCUGCCGCGAUCUUCCUUCGAGACCAACCUCUCUCUCUUCCUCCAAUCAGUCGUUACUUUCACCAAGAACUUCACCACAAAGCUCACGAUCAAAACGAAGCAGCCAGUCGAGCAUCGGAAGCCAGAACAGUGCUCGCCGCCAACGGCAAGCUGGGUUUGCAGCUGAGUUGCGCCAAAGAAAAGUAUCCCUUGAUACAGGUUUAGGGAUUGCCAAUGCUAUUCCUAACUGCGAUGAGCGACCAACCCCUGUCUCUGAGGAAGUCGUUCAUAGAUUCAUCUGCUCAGAGUCUGGGACACCCUAUCUCUUUCCCACCCCUCCAGCGCCACCAAUAUCUAUCGCAAACUCAAGAAAACCCUCUUCCUCGCCUUCACCACCAGUAUCACGGCCCACUCCACCACCUCCGGCUCCUCCAGUAGAAGAAAAAAUUUCCCAGGGCCGCCAACCGAUGCCUUCUACCAGUCAUACUGCGCUGUACUAUUCCAAUGCCCAGGAUACAAUAAUUCCGGAUCCCGCAGACUUAGCUCUGCAAAAAAUGGUGCACGAGCUAGGAUUCAACGAAGAAGAUGCCAAAUGGGCUCUUAAGCGAACGGAUACUGGCGAAUCGGUCGAUAUAAAUGCCGCAGUUCACCUCCUCCUUGUUAAAUCCAACAAGGCAAACAUUUCGUCUGUGGAAAUGGGGCUGAGACAACGAGAAUCAAAUAUUCCGCAGACGCAGUCAGAUGAGAUCUACCGACCGACUUGGAGGUGGGCGUGA